AUGCCUUUCAGCUCUAUCCACGCGUACGCCUACGGGACCGAUACUCCGUUGCAACCUGUCACAAAUACCCAAUCUCAUUAUUUGUCUGGUGGUCUGGGUGCCGAUUUCUGGACACUGGUUGUUCCACAAAUCUGCCGCAGCGAGCCAGCUAUAUGGGAUGCUAUGAUUGCAAUCAGUGGUCUAUACGAAGAUCCAGAUCAGUGUCUGGACUUCCACUUUUUAAGAAAGCAAGAUGACCAAACACACUCUUUAAAUGAGCAUCGACGGGAAGCUUUGACUUGGUAUGCACGCUCUAUAUCCAGUGUUCGUUCGCAAAUCGAACGUGGCAGUGCGGACCCAUACAUCUCGCUGAUCAGCUGUGUACUCUUCAUCUGCAUUGAAACUAUUCAAGGACGUGUUGAAGAGGCACUAGAACUAUACAGACAAGGUGUCCAAUUGAUACUUGAUCUACGUGUUCAAGAUACUCUUGGUGGAGUCUCCGCCUCCAAAGCUGUGCUCCUGGAACAAACCCUCGUUCCUCUGUUCUUACGCUUGGGCAUCGUCUCUCUUACUGUCUCGGGUACCCAGCCAAGUGAACUGUAUUGGUCUACUGAAAAGACAUUUAGUCGCAGCUUCUCAUCUGUCGAUCAAGCAAGGGCUGCCAUCGUUCUACUGUCUACAGAGGCCAUGAUUUACGAACGAGAAUCAACCAUUCAUCUCAGAGCUGCUGGUGGAGAACAUGCUGUGAGCACAGAUAUGAUUGAAAAAAAGAAGUCUCUCUCAGACCGCCUCUCUGAUUGGCUCAAAGGCUACAAUAAUCUAUGUGAUAGACUUCGCACAGAUCACGCAAUCCCAACGGCAACAGAACCUAUUCUGCUGGCUUACCAUGCUUCAGCUUCUAUCAUUGUCACAGGAUGUUUGACACAAUUCGAAACUGUAUAUGAUGUUCAUGCAGCGGAAUUCUCGCUUAUAAUUGAGCUUACAGGCCAAAUUCUCAGUAAUUCAGCAGGGCCAGAUGGUUCCCAACCACCUUUCACCUUUGAAAUGGGCACUGGUAUACCUUUGGCUGUUACUGCGAUGAAAUGUCGUGAUCCAGUACUUCGUCGAAAAGCUUUGGCGUUGCUGAGAAUGGCGCCUCCAGUACAAGGAUUCUUUAAAUGCGUCCCCGUGGCUCUGCUAGCAGAGAACCUGAUGAAGCUUGAAGAGGGCUAUAGCCCAAACUCGAAGAAGGAGGCACAAUAUAACUUGCCAGAUAUCUCCCUGAGCAGCAAUAAUUUUGCUAGUCCUGCAGUCUCGCUGCACGAAAACCUCGGAAAGAAUUCACCAUGUGUUCCUGAAGAAGCACGGAUAUCUGAAUAUGCUGUAUUCAGGCCUCAAAAUGGACUUCUUCCGGGUAUCAAACAAGACGAUAUCACAAGAUGGGGCCGCAGUUCUGAUGAUCUUUUCUUGCGAUUUACGAGGAAUCAUUUUGAUCAAAUUUCCUUCACAUGGAAACCAUAUUUCGAGUGCGUACCUUUGGGAUGA